GCGCGUUAAGUGCUAGGAAGCUUGAAUUUGUGUAUUCCAUCACAGAACUCCAUACCUCGAAAUUGACGAGCUCUGUCCUUGCACGGGGGCUUGGGAACUUGUAGGAUCUGCUACUGCACUUUCUGUGAUUCUUUGAUAAGCUGAAUUGACUUUUCUGACGACAAAUCCCCAACAAAUAGCCACAAUGGCAAGCUUUUUUGAUCUCAAGGCGCGAAAACAGGCAGCCGCAAAUGGUGCAACCACAGCAAAGCAAGAAAAACAGAAUCCAGAGAACACAAGGACACAACCAUGGGUCGAAAAAUACCGUCCGAAAACACUGAGCGAUGUCACAGCCCAAGACCACACCGUAACGGUGCUUCAGCGCACCCUACAGGCAUCUAACCUCCCACACAUGCUCUUCUACGGCCCUCCCGGCACGGGUAAGACCUCGACCGUCCUCGCGCUGGCCAAGGAGCUUUUCGGCCCGGAACUCAUGAAGUCGCGCGUGCUGGAGCUCAACGCCUCGGACGAACGUGGCAUCUCCAUCGUGCGAGAAAAGGUCAAAGACUUUGCCCGCAUGCAGCUCACCAACCCCCCGCCCGGCUACAAGUCGAAGUACCCAUGCCCGCCCUUCAAGAUUAUCAUCCUCGACGAGGCCGACUCCAUGACCCAGGACGCGCAGAGCGCUCUGCGAAGGACCAUGGAGACUUACAGCAAGAUCACGCGGUUCUGUCUGAUCUGCAACUACGUCACUCGCAUCAUCGAUCCCCUGGCAUCCAGGUGCAGCAAAUUUCGCUUCAAGAGCCUGGACCAGGAGAAUGCUAGGAGUAGGCUGGAGGAUAUUGCUGCCAAGGAAGGGGUUGCUUUGGAAGAUGGGGCUGUUGAUGCGCUGAUAAAAUGUAGCGAGGGUGAUUUGAGAAAGGCGAUCACUUUCCUGCAGAGUGCAGCCAGGCUGGUUGGUGCUGUGGGUGCUGCCGGGGCAGGUCAAGAGGACAAGAUGGACGUCGACUCGAGGCCAGUGACGGUGAGAAUCAUCGAGGACAUUGCCGGCGUCAUCCCCGGCAAGACCAUUGAUGCGCUGGUCGAGGCCAUUCGCCCACGAGGUGCCGCUUUGACCUACCAGGCUGUCUCUAAGGUUGUAGAGGAUAUGGUGGCGGAUGGCUGGAGCGCCACGCAAGUUGUUGGCCAGCUCUACCAAGCUAUUGUGUACGACGAGGGAAUUCCAAACAUCCAAAAGAACGAGAUCGUCAUGGUUUUCUCAGAAGUCGACAAGCGUUUGGUUGAUGGUUCCGAUGAGCAUCUCUCCAUACUAGAUUUGUGCUUGAGGAUAUCAGUCAUCAUGUCUGGAAGGAAACAAUGAGCAGCUUGGUCGUUUGUGCAUGAUAUUUUUAAGCCAUCUAAUCUUUGACACUGGCAUCUGGCGUGUGGCGUUUGACGGUAUGGCACAAGAAAUAAAUUUUGCUUAUUGUUG